AUGGCUGGUGAUCUACUGGAUAUUACCACUGCUCGUUAUUCACAAGGGAAUUGCAAUGUCCUAGGAGUGGUGGUUGACACUUUACCACUUUUUCGGACCAGAGGCUCGUCGGCAUGCGUUACAUUCACCAUCAAAGACUCUGAUUUUGAUGCACCAACCUGGCGAGGUGGUCUUAAAGUCAAAUAUUUCAAUGAUAAUGAGAGCCAUCUUCCCGAUGUCAAGCUCAAAGAUGUUGUACUACUACGAAACAUCCAGGUGACAUUUUACCAGAACAAACCAACAGCGGUUAUUUCUCAGCACUCCACUGUGCCAUGGGUUAUUUUCCGACCAGAGCCAAGUUUGACCUCCAGCCCGUUCAUCACUAGUGGUCCUAUCCCUUUCGAGCCGACUUUGAAGGAAAAGGACCAGGCACAAUCACUCCUGGAUCGCGUAUCUACCGAAGGAAUCAUUGUGCAACAAUCCACGUCGUGCAAUGUACCCGUCUCUCGGCAGCCUUCUCACGUUCAAGCCCCUCAGCCAGCCUCUCAUCCAGUUCCAAAAUUUGGAGGAUUACCGUAUAUCCCUAUUCACUCUGCAAAGGCUGGCAAAUUGUGUCAGUUACUUGGCCAAGUUGUGACCCUCAAUACUUAUGACAGCCAGAAAUGUCUGCUAUACUUGACUGAUUUUACUGAGAAUGAGGAGCUUGUCAACUACAAGAAACCCGGGGGCGAAGAUGAUGAAUCAGGUCCUGAGGGCGACCGAUUUAAUUAUAUACACAAAUCACCGACCUGGCCAGGCCCAUGGGGCAAAUUGACCAUUGAAGUGACUUUAUGGGAACCGCAUGCUACCUAUGCCCGGGAACACCUCAAGGCAGGUGACGUCGCUUUAUUGACCUAUGUCCGUAUUAAGGAAUGCCGUCGUGGCUUGGAAGCUGCUGUUCAUGAAGACAGACAGUACCCGGAGAAGAUCCAUGUCCGGAAGGUGAAUGGUGGCACUGAUGAGCGUGUACAAGAAUUGAUGAACCGCCGGACAGAAUAUUGGAAGAUCCACGGUGAACCCAAGACAGACACCAAAAAGGCCAAAAAAAAGAACAAGAAAGCCGAGCAGAAAAAGGAGGCCCGGAAAGAAGAAGGCCAACUGACCAUGCCAGCAGCAUCACGAAUCAAGUUGAAUCCACAUGUGAAAACCAAAAAUUACACAGUGCCCAAUGUCCCUCUCGAGAAGAUUUUAUUGGCAGAAACCCAUCUUAACAAUGCCCCAGGGGGCGUUGUCUACCAACUUCCCUUUCAAAACGUCACCUAUCACUCUCAAGUCCGAGUGGUCGACUUCUUUCCCCCAAGGAUAGAAGACUUUGCAGUUCAAACCAAUCUCGAGUCUCAAUUUGGCUGGGAAUGGCGAUUUUGCCUGCUUGUGGAGGGGGUUGAGCCCAAACCUUCCAAACAACUAGCCCGAGAAGUGAUGAAGCUCUAUGUGUCUGGUCAAGACGGUGAUUUUCUUCUUGAUGAUAAUGCAUUCAAUCUCCGUGACUACCCAUCGAGAUUAGAAGCAAUGAAAGAGAAGCUCUUCCUCCUAUGGGGCAAUCUCGAGGAGGAAAAGUCGAACGCCAUGGCUUCUGGUCAACAAAGUUGGGGACCAGUGAAGUCGCGCCCAUUUGAGUGCUGCAUCAAGGAAUAUGGCGUUCGGUGCACCCAUGGCAAAGACCCCAAUGUCAUGGAUAUUGACGGCGGUGAGGUGUGCGCCUACCCUGAUUGUUUUGGAUGGGAGAGACGCUUUGCCAUGUUCGGCACGACUAUCCAUACAUAA